AAUCCACAAUCGUCAUGUUCUUUAUUAUUCGUCGUAUAAUUAAUUAAUAGUAAAAUUUAGUCAUCAAUUAAUUGAACUAGCAGUAAUCUCGUCAUUUCGAUAAACCCUUCUCGGUGGAUUUCAAUUUCUCGGUGUCAGAGAUACUUUACGCAUAUAAAACCGAUACGAGGAACAUUACGGGCUUGGAUUGAAUUUAAAGUGCACAGUUAGUUGUUGUUAGUUAAUUGUGGCUGUGGCUUCAAACUUAAUUAGAUUUGAACACAAGUUUUGCCCUGAAACAAGGUGUGAUUGAAAGAACAUCGCUCACAAUGGCAUUCACAUUUGCAGCCUUUAGCUACAUCAUCUCCCUCAUCAUCGAUGCAUUUCUUAUCUUUUUCGCUAUCUUUAAUAUCAUUGCAUUUGAUGAGUUGAAGACUGACUACAAAAAUCCAAUUGAACAGUGUAAUUCCUUGAAUCCGCUGGUCCUUCCAGAAUAUGGAUUGCAUUUGUUGUUCAAUCUUCUCUUUCUCGUUUCCGGUGAAUGGUUCAGUCUGCUGUUGAAUGCACCCCUGAUUGCGUAUCAUGUUCACAGAUACAUGAACCGUCCGGUGAUGUCUCAACCUGGAAUUUAUGAUCCCACGUCUAUCAUGAACACGGAUGUUUUGAACAAAUGUCAGAGAGAAGGUUGGAUCAAGUUGGCGUUCUAUUUGCUCUCCUUCUUCUACUACUUAUAUGCCAUGAUCUACUCACUCAUCACAUACUAAACAAACAAAUAAUAAUUAGACGACAGAGGAGGUUGUACUUUGUUCCAUCAUCGCCACCUACAUAAACACUCACCAUCCAUACCACUUAUUAUAAUUGUUUACUAUGCAUGAAAUUCUUAUUGUUUAAACUUGCUAUUUCUGUCUUUAUAAUCCAACCAACCCAAUGAAAUGAAUUAAAUCGUAAGGUGAUUAAUAUUAUGGAAAA